AUGGAUCAAAGCCUAGCGGAAGAGCUAGGAUUGAAAGGACCACGGAAGUCAUUAUGCCUGAAAUGGACGGGAGAAACGCAGCGAUUGGAGAACGCUUCACAGAUAGUAAGUCUACAAAUCUCCAGUUGCAGUAAUCCGAAUAAGAAGUACCAACUUUCCUCUGUACAUACCGUGCAAAGCUUACAAAUUCGACCACAGACGCUGCUGUAUUUCGAGAUCCAGGAGAAAUAUCAACAUCUUGCUAGGCUACCGAUCGAGUCGUAUGAGAACGCCUGUCCUCGGAUACUGAUAGGUCUUAAAGCGAAGAUCGAGGAUCACAUCACGAAAGGUUACAUUCGGAAGCUGACUGAUGAGGAGGUUCAAGCGAAAUAUUCACGUGUUUGGUACCUACCAAUGUUCCCGGUGGUAAACCCAAACAAACCUGGAAAGACGCGGCUCGUUUGGGAUGCGGCGGCAACCGCCCACGGAGUCUCUUUGAAUUCCGUAUUACUAAAGGGCCCGGACUUAUUAACGUCGCUGCCAUCAGUACUGACUCAAUUCCGAGAAUUCCGAACGGCAGUUUGCGGCGACAUUCGUGAAAUGUAUCAGCAAGUCUUGAUGCGGGAGGAUGAUCAGCCCUACCAGCUCUUCUUCUAUGCGGACAACGGAGAAAAUCCAAGCACUUACGUCAUACAAGUGAUGACCUUUGGAGCCUGCUGCUCCCCGAGUACUGCACAGUACGUAAAAAACCUUCAUGCAAGUAAAUUCGAACAGGACUAUCCGGCUGCAGUCGAAGUGAUCGUCAAGCGUCACUACGUUGACGAUAUGCUAUUGAGUGUCGAACAGGAGGAAGAAGCAAUCAAGCUAACGGGUGAUGUGAAGAAGAUACAUGCAUUGGCGGGAUUUGAAAUUCGUAAUUGGGCGUCUAACUCUCGGGCAGUACUGGAGGCGCUGAACGAAUCAGCCACAACGGAGAAAAACCUGGGCGGUGAACAUACGGUUGAAAAGAUUCUUGGAAUCCAGUUCGUCGCCUUUCGUGUUAGCGAAAUUCUCGAGACGUCGGAUGUACGCGAAUGGAAUUGGGUUCCGAGUAAGCAGAACGUAGCAGAUGAAGGAACAAAGUGGAAAAACAAUCCCGACUUGUCCGCUUCCAGUCGCUGGUUUAGUUGUCCAGAGUUCCUGUGGAAACCGUCGGAUCAGUGGCCUACCGCCAAUCAUCGCACCGAAAACACCACCCUUCGCCCACACUUGCUGUUGCAUGCGGAAGUCGCAAACCCGGUGAUCGACCUGCAUCGUUUCUCCAACUGGCAGAAAAUGCUUCGCUGCACAGCUUACGUUCUUCGCUAUGUACGCAAUCUGAAAAUCAGCGUAUAUCAGAUGGAACGGAUCAACGGACCCCUACAACGACGAGAGCUGAGCGAUGCUGAAUGCUAUCUGUUCCGAACAGCACAGAAUGCCGUUUACGCAGAUGAGAUCACCAUUCUCUCUAGAAACCGGCACACGGAGAAUCCAGAUAGCUCUAUCCCUAGAAGCAGUCCACUUUUCCAUCAAUGUGCCUUUCUAGACGAACACAAUAUCCUCAGGGUUCGAGGUCGAACGCAAUCUUGUCCGCUCAUCGCCCGAGAUGCCGCUCAACCGAUCAUACUGCCUCGUGAGCAUCCGAUCACACGGCUCAUCCUCCUUGAUUUCCACAAGCGAUUCAACCACCAGAAUCAUGCAACAACGCUCAACGAAAUUCGUCAACGCUACCGUGUUCCCAAACUGAAAGCGACGUACAGGACUGUACGGAAAGAGUGCCAGGAAUGCAAAAACGACCGUGCGUCUCCGCAGCCUCCCGCAAUGAGUGACCUGCCACCGUACCGUCUCGCUGCUUUCACACGACCGUUCACAUACAUGGGGGUGGAUUACUUUGGUCCUAUAACCGUCAUCGUAGGACGACGUUCCGAAAAACGGUGGGGAGUCUUAGCAACAUGCCUCACAACCCGCGCUAUCCACUUAGAACUAGCUCACACACUGACAACCGACUCGUGUAUCCUGGUGAUACGAAACAUCAUGGCCAGGAGAGGGACACCUGCAGUUAUCUUCAGCGAUCGUGGUACCAAUUUCCAGAGGGCAUCCAAAGAACUGAGAGAAGUGAUGCAGAACAUCGAUCAGGAGCAGCUCAUGCAAGAGUUCACGACGCCUAAUACGGAGUGGACCUUCAUACCACCAGCAAGUCCACACAUGGGCGGGGCUUGA